AUGUCUAGUAUCGCAGAAAAAAUCAUUAAACCUAAACUUGGAGUUUUGGAAUUAGCAAAACAAUUGGGUAAUGUCUCCAAAGCGUGUAAUGUCAUGGGUUAUUCAAGAGAUAGUUUCUAUCGCUUUAAACAACUAUACGAAAAUGGCGGCGAAGAAGCUCUUCAGGAAAUCAGCCGUAAAAAACCAAAUAUCCAAAACCGUGUUCCAGAUUAUAUCGAAGAAGCAGUUACCAAUCUUGCGAUUGAGAACCCAGCUCUUGGUCAAGUGCGUGCAUCACAUGAGCUAUCACAACGUGGAAUAAUGAUUUCAGCUAGUGGUGUCCGGUCUAUCUGGUUACGUAAUGACUUGGAAACGCUUAAAAAGCGCUUAAAAGCUUUAGAAGCAAAAGUUGCUCAAGACGGUAUUCUUCUAACAGAAGAACAACUAAAAAUGCUUGAGAAAGCUAAGCUAGAAAAAGAAGCUCAUGGUGAAAUUGAAACUGAGCAUCCAGGUUAUCUUGGUUCACAAGAUACUUACUUUGUGGGUACCAUGAAGGGUGUUGGUAGGAUCUAUCAGCAAACCUUUAUUGAUACUUAUUCAAGAAUUGCAUUUGCACAACUAUAUACUGAAAAAACAGCUAUUACUUCUGCACAUGCACUAAAUGAGAAAGUGCUUCCAUGGUUCCAAGAACAUGAUAGGUACCGAAUAUUGCGGUCUAGUUGA